AUGAAUGACAAUACACUUUCCAUUCCUAAUAACCAACCCGAAAGCAACAUGGACACAAGACACGAUUUGGAGACAAGUCGAAAAGAUGGUGCAGAAGAAUGGAGAGCAACAAUUUACAAUACGUUUCACCUGCCGCACAGCGAUAGUUACGGUAUGGGACGUUCUGUGUUACCUAUAUACGAUAAAGUUUCGGCAAAUAAGCGAGGAAAAACGAGUGAAAAUUUGGAAAGUUCUGAAGAUAUUUCUAUAUCAACAUUUGAAUCAAAUCAUAAGUUGGAUAAUUCGUAUAAUCAAGGUGCUACAACAGAACGAUCAGAAACUUUUUCCUCGACAUCUUCUCCCCCGCUAUCAAAAUCAGGAGCUGAUGCCACAGAUAGAGAUUUGGAAACACGGAAAUUGCUCGGAAACCAAUCCAUGGACGCAUCUAGCUCAAAUAAAACCGAACCUUCCAGUCAGUACUCUCACGCUGUCAGUAAAGAAGAGGAUAAAAAUGUUUCCUUGCCAAAAUUGCCAAAUGUGCCGCAUCACCUUGUUGAAAAAUUAAAAGAUAAACUUUAUAACAUUGCUAAUAAAGACUUGUGGUUUUUUGAUGAAGAACAUAGAGAACAUUUUGCAGAAGAAUUUGGCGUCACGAAUAUUUGUCCUUUAUAUGUUGAUCAUUAUGGAUUCGCCAUGUGGAUGCUGGAUGAAAAUAAACGCUUGCUUCUUUGGAAUGAAAUGGAAAAUAGUAUUACGUACUUGGGACUCAACUUAACAGAAGGUUUUACAAAUUAUCUUAUCCAUCCAGAUAGACUAUGUUAUAUCACGGAUGAUAAUUUUAGGUUGGUACCUGUUGAUGAAUUUGAACGUCAAAUCAUGGUUCAAUGGGGUGGUCAAAACUAUGUGGUUGUAGAUAACAUAUCACUUUUUAUUUAUAAAACUAGGUCAUACUUUUAUUAG